CACACCUUCCACAGCUGCAGAUAUUUCUGCGUUUUCUCUCCAAACAUCAUCUUCAUCUGAUCCACUGAAACAACGAGGACUUUUAAAGGCAAGCAUCAUCAUGGUGAACUGCUGUGGUCUCGUGUCUGAAAAAAAUGAACCAGUUCCUCUGAAGAGUAUCUCGGUGGAGCUGCAGGUCCGGGAUCACGUGGCCUCCGUCAGCUCCUGUCUGCAGUAUGUGAACGAGGAGGAGCGUCCGCUGGAGGCCGUGUUCGUCUUCCCGCUGCCCGCCGACGCCGCGGUCUGUCACUUCAGCGCCAGGAUCGGAGAGCAGGAGAUUGUGGCCGAGGUGCAGGACAAACAGAGUGCGCGGGAUCAGUAUGAUGAUGCUGUGAGCUCGGGCCAGCAGGCGUUUCUGCUGGAAGAGAGCGAGGAGAGUUCAGAUGUGUUCAAACUGAGUGUGGGCUGUUUGUCUCCGGGUCAGAAGGCCUCCAUCACCAUCGUCUACAUCAUCGAGCUCAGUGUCCAGGCCGAUGACGCGCUGCGCUUCUGUCUGCCCGCUGUACUCAACCCACGAUACACACCUGCAGUUUCAGCGGCUGGUGUUCCAGAAGUUUCCUCAGCAUCAGUUAUUCCUUACACUCUGUCUCUGAGUGUUGAAGUGAGAUCUUCAGACCGUAUCUCCAAACUCGAGUCCAGCUGCCCUCUGGAUCCUCUGGAGUUCCUCGACGCGCAACACACUCACGCCACGGUGAAUCUGACUGCUGGUCACCGGUUCGAUAAGGAUGUGGAGCUGUUUCUGUAUUAUGAAAAUUCCCAUCAGCCCUCUGCUGUCGUGGAGGCAGGAGCGUCUGCGGCUCCGUCAGGUUCUCUGAUGGGCGACCCAGCGCUCAUGAUCAGUCUGUACCCAGAGUUCCCUGCAGAUGUGAUGUCAUCACUGGCGUCUCGGGGCGAAUUCAUUUUUGUAGUUGACAGGUCAGGCAGUAUGGACUGCCAGAUGCAUCAUGGGAAUGACGCACAGAUGCGCAUCGAAAGUGCAAGAGACACGCUGCUGCUGCUGCUGAAGAGUUUGCCCAUGGGAUGCUACUUCAACAUCUAUGGAUUCGGAUCUCACUUUGAGUCCUUCUUUCCUCAGAGUGUUGUGUACAGCGAGGACACGAUGGAAGAGGCUCUGAAGAGAGUGAAGAGCAUGAGCGCAGACAUGGGCGGCACAGAGAUCCUACAGCCGCUUAAACACAUCUACAGUCAGCCCUGUUACCCAGAUCACCCUCGACAGCUGUUCAUCUUCACUGAUGGAGAGGUGUGGAACACUAAGGAGGUGCUGGAUCUGGUGAAGAGUCACGUUUACUCUCACAGGUGUUUCUCCUUCGGGAUCGGUGAGGGUGCGAGUACGGCUCUCAUCACAGGAAUGGCCAGAGAAGGUUCUGGUCACGCUCAGUUCAUCACAGGCACUGACCGCAUGCAGCCCAAAGUGAUGCAGUCGCUCAGGUUUGCUCUCCAGCCGGCCGUGGAUAAUAUCUCUGUGGACUGGACCGUUCCCGAGGGUGUGACGGUGGACAUGCUGUCUCCAUCCAUCAAUACUCUGUUCCAGGGUCAGAGAGCGCUCAUCUACGCUCAGAUUAAAGGACAGAGUUCAGGAAAGAAGGAAGGAGCUGUGACCGUGAAAUACAAGCUGAAAGAUCAACCUGUGACUAACCAGCUUCAGUUUACCUUACAACCAACGGAGGACACAGGACUGACGAUCCACCGGCUGGCAGCCCGGUCUGUGAUCCGCUCUCUGGAGCUGGAGGAACGAGCCGAAGGAGCAGACGCAGAGAACGUCAGGAAAAGGAUUGUGGAGCUCAGUGUUCAGGCAGGAGUGAGUAGCGCUCAUACAGCCUUCAUCGGCAUUAAUAAAGACCACAAUCAGACUGUGAAAGGACCGCUGCUGCAGAGGAGAGUGCCAGUAGCACAUAUGCUUCAGAUGUCUAUGAUGCAAUGCCAACCUAUGAGAACGUGUGCCCUGGGUUUUCCCUCUCUUUUCUCAGGAAUGGUUGUCCAAAGGGCACGGCCAAUGGCUCUUCAAAUGGAUUUUGAUUCUACAAUGCACUAUUCCAUGGCCUCGUCCAACUCAAUGAUUGAAUGUGAUGAUGAGUCAGAUCAGACAGAAGCUGAGCCCCUGAAGGACCCUGUGCUCCAGCUGGUCUCUCUUCAGAAGGCCACGGGAUGCUGGGAGCUCAACGCCUCAUUGGCUGCUGUGUUUGGGAAGACAGAGGACGAAGUGAACAAUCAGAAAACAGCACAGGUGGACGGGUCAGUGUGGGCCACCGUCCUCGCUCUCAUCUGGUUAUAUGCAUUUAAAUCAGAUCAGCAGGUGGAGUGGCAGUUUGUGGCCAUGAAGGCGGCGUCAUGGGUCCGCUCUCAGAAACCAGACAGCCUGUCUCAGUGUGUGUGUGAUGGGAACGCUCUGUUGGGGUGUCAGGUGACUGAAGACAUGCUGGGAAUCUGAAGACUGCAAAUCCUGUGCUUGUAGAAGACCAAAUAUCUAAUAUGUUUUUCCUCCUCUGAGUAGGAUAUAAACAAAUAAAAUAAAAAAAUAUAUAUGUAUAUCAGUGGCAGAAAUUAAGAUUUAUAGAUCAUCUGAAAGCUGAAUACAUAAUCUUUCCAUUGAUAUGGUUUGUUAGUAGGACAAUAUUUGGCUGAGAUACAACUAUUUGAAAUUCUGGACUAAAUACCAAUACUGUUUUAUCAAAGUUUUUUUUUCCACUAGCCUUAAUUACCUGACAUGUAGAAUUAUAUUUGAAUGCAUUACAUGAAUCAGAAUAGAGAAAUAUGCAGUUAUAAACAGCCAAGAAUGAUAAUUCUAAUAAUGUCUGUAAAUAUAACAGAAAAAUAUACUGACUCAUUUCAGAGAAGUUUUCCUGGAACACUCUGAUUAAAUGAGAAUUGUGACCCUGGAUAAAUUCUGUAAUUUACUUCACCUGUUUGUCUGCAUCCCAGAAAAAGAUAAGCAGUUUGCAGUGAAAAAUGUCUAUAUAUGUGAGGGAUAAUAACAGUCCUGUACAAGUCAGAUUAAUUAAAUCAAAAUCCAAUUGGUUGAUUUCAGUCCAAACAACCUGGGAAAAUGGGGAGCCAGACAGUAAUUAAUAUUAGCAAAAAUUCUAAAAGUUUAUUAUUUAAAAUGUCCUCUGUAAACAAAUACUAUUUACUGUAGUAGCAAUAAAAACAUUAAGCAAAUAAAUGAUGAAUUGUUUCCACAAA